GCAUGCGCCGGAAGUGUGGAGGAGGCAUGAUCGGUAUGACUUUUAAUGAGGAGCUGCAGGCCGCGAAUCGAUCUGCCAGAAUGCGGGUUUUAGAGGCAUAAUAGCGGGUUUGUCUCGUGACAGGACCGCGCAGCUCCACUUGAGGCCGCUGGAUGGAGAAACAGCAAACAUGGCGAGCUAACCGGGUCGAGCGGAGCGAGUGUAUGCGCGCGUGAUUUUGUGUGUGAGGUCAUCGGCCGCAAUGAUGCAACAGAAGCGCAACAUUCAGAUCAUCGAAUGGGAGGAUCUGGACAAGAGGAAGUUCUACUCUCUGGGCGUCUUCAUGACCAUGACCACACGGGCCGCUGUCUACCCCUUCACCCUGAUCCGCACCAGACUGCAGGUCCAGAAGGGGAAGUCGCUCUAUAACGGCACCUUCGACGCCUUCUGGAAGAUCCUGAAGGGCGAGGGGGCGCGUGGGCUUUACCGAGGGUUCAUGGUCAACACGUUCACGCUGAUCUCAGGUCAGGCCUAUGUCACUACCUACGAGCUGGUGAGGAAAUACGUGUCCUGUUACUCGUCCAAUAACACGGUCAAGUCUCUGGUGGCGGGCGGCGCGGCCUCGCUUGUGGCCCAGAGCAUCACGGUGCCCAUCGACGUGGUGUCCCAGCAGCUGAUGGUGCAGGGUCAGGGGUGUCAGCUCACACGCUUCAAACUCAAGCCCAAGAUGGUGACGUUUGGCCAGACCAGAGACAUUGUGGUGCAGAUUUUUCACGCGGAUGGAUUUCGGGGCUUUUAUCGUGGAUAUGUGGCGUCGCUCCUCACCUACAUACCCAACAGCGCCAUCUGGUGGCCGUUUUAUCACUUUUAUGCAGAGCAGCUGUCCAGACUGGCUCCAGUGGACUGUCCGCACCUCCUCCUGCAGGCCGUGGCCGGACCGAUGGCUGCAGCUACAGCCUCCACCCUCACCAACCCCAUGGACGUGGUCCGAGCCCGAGUACAGGUCGAAGGUCGUUCGUCUGUGGUGGAGACGUUUAAGCAGCUCCUGGCUGAAGAGGGCGUGUGGGGUCUCACCAAGGGUCUGUCUGCACGCAUCAUUUCCUCCACGCCCACGUCGAUCAUGAUCGUCAUCGGGUACGAGACACUAAAGAGACUCAGUCUGCGGCCCGAACUGGUGAACAGCAGACACUGGUGAAGACACACAUACCUCAGCCUUUUAUUAUUUUCACGUUUUAUGAGGACCAGGCAAUAAUUGGAGGCAAUAAAAAUCUCUCCCUUUUUUGUGAAUUUUGUAACCUGUGAACUCAGCUGAGUGCGUCCGACCCAGUGUUUUGUAACGAGAUGUCAUGGAACACCUUAUUUAUGCUUUUCGCCCGGAAUAUGAGAUUUUGAAGUGAAAAUCAUUUUGAAAUGGUGACUUUGACAUUUUCUUGUGAAUCUCAUGCAGUGCUUUUCACUUCAUCUGACAGGAAGUGAGAUCAUCACAUCUGUUACAUGGUAGGAAGAAUAAGAACAUCUAUGGCUUUUCACACUUGAAACCCUGGAUGGUUUUUAACCCUGGCAAGGUUAUUAAUAUUGAU